AUGAUUCAGUUAAGUCAGAGUGUAAAGUGUAGGAGUUCCGGUUGGCCUAUAGCACAGGGCCAUUCAAACCUAGCUACACUAACUAAUAUACUAAGCCAAGACCCUACAGCCAAACAAUCCCUUCAACUACCUAACAAACAACAAUUUGUACCUCACAAUAUCGUUGAAGUUAACGAAAUAGGAUGGUUGUUCCUCCUUGACUGCUGUGUACCGAUCCUGAAAUAUAUGGGAGAUUAUCCCACCAAGCAGAUGCAGAGUCCUCUGGAGCACACAGACCUGAUCUUCAGCCCCGCCACUCAGAACGAGGCCCUGAGGGACGAGAUCUACUGCCAGAUCAUGAAGCAGAUGAGCGGCAACAACAACCGGUUCAGCAUGGAGCAGGGCUGGCAGCUGCUGUGGCUCUGCUGCGGGAUGUUCCCCCCCUCCCAGGCCCUUCUGAGGCACACUCAGAGGUUCCUGGAGUCGCGGCGCAGAGAGGCCCUGGCCCCCGACUGCCUGCAGCGGCUGCAGAGCUCCCUCAGGAUGGAGCCGAGGAAGCUCCCACCACACCAGGUGGAGGUAGACGCCGUCCAACAAAACAGCACUCAGAUCUUCCACAAAAUCCACUUCCCCAACGACACAGAGGAGAUAUUUGAGGUAGCCACCAACACCAGGAUCAGGGAUCUGAUCCAGAACAUUACCAAGAAGCUCAGUCUGGCUUCUGCGGACGGCUUCAGCAUCUUUGUCAAAACACAUGACAAGGUUCUCAGUUUGAAUGACACAGACUACUUCUUUGACAGUCUGAGACAAAUCACUGACUGGUCCAAGAAAGCCAAGACGAUCAAAGAGGGUGGACCUGUCAACAUACCCUACCUUGUGUUCUUCAUGAGGAAGUUGUGGUUUAAUGUGAUCCCUGGCAGAGACACAGAGGCUGAUGUUAUCUUCCAUUUCCCUCAGGAGCUACCAAAGUACCUGAGAGGUUACCAUGUUAGCACCAAAGAGGAAAUCAUCAACGUUGCCGCUCUGCUCUUCAGGAUAAAGUUCAGCAACGACAAGAGCCAGUUUGUCUCCAUCCCAAAGGUCCUGAAGGAGCUGGUCCCUGCAGACCAGCUGAAGGCCAUGUCCGAAAAUGAGUGGAAGAAGAGUAUUGUCGCAUCUUUUAACAAACAAGUGGGUUUGACUGCUGAAGAAGCGAAGGUGGCGUUCCUGAAGGCGGUCUGCCGCUGGCCCACUUUCGGCUGUGCGUUCUUUGAUGUGAAGCAAACAUCUGAACCAAGCUUCCCAGAUAUUGUGCGAAUAGCCAUCAGCAAGCAGGGACUCACCAUCAUCCAUCCUAAAACCAAGGAUGUACUGGCUAAUCACCCAUUCAACCGCAUCGCUAACUGGUGCAGUGGAAGCACCUACUUCCACAUGACUAUUGGCAGUUUAGUCAAGGGGAGCAAAUUCCUGUGUGAAACUUCACUGGGUUACAAGAUGGAUGAUCUUAUAACCUCCUACGUAAACAUGUACCUCCAAGAGAGGAAGGCGGGGCAAACCAGGAACCAGCGCUUCAACUGAGCUGAAGUAGCACAAGUGUGUCGCAACUUUGAAAUACACACACACACACACACACACACACACACACACAUACACACACUAAAAGGCAGAGCAGCAAAAAGUUCAUUUGGAAUCCAUUUAAUUUGACAUUGACUAAUUGCAUGAAAGAAAGUUGUUUUAGAUUUCUUACAUUUUAUUUAAAGCUAAUCUUUCUUUGCCAUGUAUUCAAGUAACAUAUUUCUAAUUGAAGACCUUACGUUUUAAGUAAUAUAAUUUAAUAAUAAUAUCCAUCCAUAUGGUUUCCUUAAAUGCUUCUUUCUAUUUUUAAAUACCACACAGGUUUAAUUAUCGUUAAACACAUUUACUAUAAAUACUUUUUAGGUAUAUUAGUCUCUAAUAAUAUUCCCAAAAGGGUUUCAUCUGCAUUUGGUAAAAAUGUUCUUUAGACUUUUAAAUGCACAGGAAGCAUUGUUUUGCGUAUGUUUUCUUUCUCUUUGUUUAGUGGCAUGUGUUUUGGAAAUUCAUUGUGAACACCAUCAUUUAAACACAAUUAGCCAUAUACAUAUGAAACCUUGUUGUUAUUUGUAUUCUUUACAAUUGGUAUCUCCUCUCCAUAUAAAUCUGCCUGCCUUAUAAACAUUAAAGGAGCACUGUGGAG